GGUCACUCGACGGCGAUGACGACGACGAGGCAGUCUCGUUGCUCGAUCCUCGGAGACCUAUUCCUGCUGCUCGCAUGGCAGCUGAUCAAUUGCCUCUCCACCCCCCCCCGACCCAGUUCUCAGUUGCCCCCUCAACCGCUUCAAGGCACACUGCAGCGUUUCCGUGACGAAGGAGUUUGUCUGUGCCAAUUGGUGUGCUUGAGCAGGUGGUGGAAUUCAUUCUCGGGUAGUGUUUGCGGCUGCCCCGAUGGAGGGAUUUUUCAAUACGCUCAAAAGUUCGGGACUCGUGGAGGCGGUCAAAGACUUGGCGAUGGAUGCGCUACACUUGGACGACAACGACGAGAAGAAGAAAGAAGAGAAUGUUGAAUCAGCUUCGCGUCGCCAUCACUCCUCUUCAUCCCCCUGGAGGUCAUCUCCACAUAAGGCACAAGAGGCUGAAUCCGGUGAAAGGCAACCUGAGUGGCGGCGUCAACGUCCGGCACGCACUGAUGGUGACGAGUGGAAUCAAUCUGCAUGGGAGCGUCCACGUCCAGCUCACGAUGAUGAUGAGCAAGAAACUCAACCUGAAUGGCGGCGUCCACGUCCACAGCGUGAAGAGGGGAAUCCUUCAGGGGGCAGCUGGGCUCAGGUGGCAGGUAGUCAAGGUGGCCGUGGUCAAGGUCGUAAACCCCGGCCGCACUUACGUCCAGCUCAGGAGCAGUUAAAUGAAUAUGGGAAUGAGCCUAGUGAACAGCAUUAUGCAGAAGAGGUUUCUGUGAACAUCGAACCAACGGAGGAAGAACUGGCCGACAUCUCUGCUGCUUGCAACCGUCUGUGGGAGCUUGAUCUUAACAGGUUGACACCCGGCCAAGACUACGAGAUCGAUUGCGGAGGAGGCAAGAAGCUUUAUAACAAAGAGGACGUGUCCGAAGCUUCUCUAUUCAGCUUUUUGGACAAGAGUGUGUUCAAACGUCCCACAUACGCUCGUUUCUACCACCUGUUGGAUAACUACUGUGCCGAUGAGAGUAGGAGCGAAGCGCACUCAGCAGCAGAGGAACGAGAACAGGUGGCCUUUAUCGAAGAGAUCAGCCGCACUGGUCCUAUCAAAUACCUACUCCGGUACCUCACCGAAAAGAGAAUCGUUCCUGGAAGCAUGGAAAAGUUUAAGCAGACAUUGCGCAUUCUAUGGUUUAAGUUCUUCAAUCGCGGUGGCACACGAGAUUCGUCUUCUGGGUUUGAGCAUGUAUUUGUCGGAGAAAUCAAGCGCAAUGGAGAGGUGUCGGGCUUACACAACUGGAUCCAGUUUUACGUUGAGGAAGAAAAAGGAACUCUAGAUUACCAAGGCUACAUUCUACCACGGAGGCGAGGGGGAGACUUGCCAGACUCGCAAACACAGCUUCUCACAGUCCAAUUGGAGUGGAAUGGUGUUCGAAAGGAUCAAAGCAGCAUCCUAGUCGGCGUGAGCCCAGAAUUCGAGUUCGCUUUGUACACUUUGUGUUUCUACUGUGGCCAAGAAGACAACUACGUAGACCUGGGUCCUUACAGAGUGAACGUCAAGUGCUAUCGCAUGGGUGAAAACAGAAUUGGUUCUGUCUUUCCAAUUGCUCUUGAUUAAGUCUUUUGUUACAUACAUCUUCUACUGGACUUGGCUGUUUGUGCAGAAGCAAGUACUAGAUCAAUUUGUUUCUCAUCACUUUUUAGUUUUUUUUAGUUUUAGUUUUAGUUUAAGUUUAAUUAAUUAAUUAAUUUAUUUAUAUUUAUUUUUCUCAAAAGGUUACUUGCAGCAUGUUCUGAAGUUGUAGAACAUGGGGCAUGGAGCUCAACUCCUAUGCUCGGUUAUAAUUUACGUAUUUAUAUACGAGCUCUCUGUUCACUGCGGUUACGGAUAAAUUAGCUGCAUGAACUGAAUUUGUUAUAACUUCACUACUACGCUAGCGCUUUACUUGACAUCCUUCCACAGCUGACGUGGGAAAUUUUUCGAUGGACAUUUCAUCGGUGUUCGGUGCAGUAGGAAAGAGCACUACACGCAUUGAAAGGGCUAAUCAAGUCUGAUACAUCAAGUCUACAGGGGAUGAGCUUCUCGAAGUCGUCAUUUAUUGGAGAGUUGGUGGAGACUCUGUUUUCAAUCAGAAGAACCUUUUGACUCAGACUACUGCGUAUGUGUGAAAUCCAGUGCACGAACUGCAUCAAAUGUGGUGAAGCACGACAGUAUCUUCAGAUUGCGGAAGAGAGUUGUAACUGGCCAUAUAUGGAGGCCAUGGGGGAAUGCACCCGCCUAGGUCGUACCCAGAUGAAAGUGGUUCUGUCUUCAAGGCUCAUGAGAUCUUCUAAAUGCUAUUUUUUUGGCGCAUUGCUUACCAUAUUAGUAAGGGAUGUUGCCGGAUAAACUAGCAUUCAAGUGGAGUAGAGGCCAUGUUUUACUUAUAUCACCUUUAUCUGGUAGGUGCCUCAAGACCUGCAAGACCUGCAAAUUUACAGUUCUCGUUCUGUUGGAGGAUUACAAUUAGUCCUUGAAGGACUUAGGUUGCGGCUCUUUGAGGCCCUUAAUCUCGUAGAGCUUGUGAAGGCCCACUAUUGCUGACAGAGGUGUAAGAUGCCGCCACAGCUUCCUCUCGUCUGCCAUAGAUGUGGUAUGUUGUAGGCCUUCUCUGAGUCAACGACGAGUUUGGAUUUAGCAUGUUUGUCGAUUCGCUUAAGACGCAACACCAGAUCAGUCACGUCGAAGUUGCCCUUCACCCAACUUUCCAAUCACGCAGAAGCUCUGUAGUCAGCAUGUGCUUAACAAUCCAUGAAGGAAACUCAAUUGUCAAUUGCUGGAGGGUGGCUUUUGCAUGGGUGACAUGUGAAGAAAGUGGCCACAAAGAGAGCAGGAGUGUAAGUGUUCGCGUUUACAGGAAGCGGGGAGGAGUGAAAGAUCGUGACCAAUCUUUAGCUGAGGCAUAUGAGCUCGAUUGCUUGAGCUUGAGUUUUUGUGGUUGAGACAAUUUGCUGCUCUGCCUACUGAAUUCUGGGUGUGUGUCUCUUCGAAGUGUUGGUUUAAGUCCUGUAUUGAAGGAUGCUUCAAUGAGGCUUUCCAGGUCCAUGUUUUGCGGCACCGCGGAAGCAAACAUGUUCACUGUUUGUGGUGUUGGUUAGUGUGGUUGUGUGUUGAACUUGUGAGAAAUCUUGUGGUGCAAUUGGGUGCGCAGUAGUAGAAUACUCAGAAGUUUUAAGCACAGGAACGAGCCAGCGAACACAUGACAAUCAGCUUGCAUGUGUUUCUGCGACUGUAAUUUUGUUAGUUUUUCGUUAAUGUACGAUAGAUUACAUUUUGGCGCAGAAUUGCUUCUCAAAAGUACGUUGCUCUGUGGGUUCUGUGAAAAAGGAAAAUGAUUAGUGCUUCCAGGCUUGUUUUUAGCGA